ACCCCCACAACUUCCCCUGCUCUCUCUCUCUCUCUCUCUCUCUUUCUCUCUCUCUUUCUCUUUCUCUCUCGGUUCAGGUAAAGGAGCAGAAGGCGAGUCCGGAACGCCAUUGGACGCAGAGAAGCAUUGUUUUUCUCUCUAUGAUCUUGUAGAAAAAAAAAGUGAAUUGAAAUGCAGACAUCCAAUUCAUCAAAAAAAGAAACACAAACAUCCAAGACCAGUAGGACACGGUCUUCAGAAGGUCUCCAGAGGUCAUCUCCAGCAACCCCUAAAUCAACUCGUGGGACUAAAACAAAUGGAUCUGAAUCUGACUCUCCGGCCACACAUACACCAUCAAGGAUAUCAACUGACCAUAGUCCCAAAGUUGUCCAACGGCGUUCACCAAGAAGCCCUGCUACUGAGAAGAAGAGACCGAGCCGGAUGAAGGAGUUGGAGGUUCAGCUCAAUCAGGUGCAAGAGGACCUGAAAAAGGCGAAAGAUCAACUCAACUCAUCGGAAGCAUGGAAGAAGAAAGCUCAGCAGGAGGCUGAAGAGGCGAAGACACAACUUGCGGCAAUGUCUGCUAAGCUUGAAGAGUCGCAGCUUCAGCUUGUGGAGUUUUCUGCAGCAGAAGAGGACCGGCUUCAAGAAUUGCGUAGGAUAUCACAAGAUCGUGACCGUGCGUGGCAGUCGGAGCUUGAAGCUAUCCAGAAACAGCAUUCUAUGGACUCUGCUGCUUUGGGCUCUGCCAUGAGUGAGAUGCAGAGGUUGAAGGUGCAGCUUGAGAAGGUAGUUAAGUCUGAGGCUGCCCAAGCUGAACAGUCUCAAUUAGCUAGUUCUGAGCUUCAGGACUUGAAGCAAGAGUUGGCUGAAACUAUGUCUACCAUUGAGAAUUUAAAAUUUCAGCUUGGAGAUAGCCAGAAGGCAGAGGCGAAUGCUCGAGCUAUGGUUAGUGAGACUCAGGAGCAACUUGAAGCGGCUAAGAGCAUGGCGGACACUCUCCGUUCAGAUAGUUUGAAAUUCUCCGAGUCACUCGAUGCCACUGUCUCUGAGUUGAAUGAAUCCAGAGCUCGAGUAAGUUUACUAGAAGAAACGGUGAGAAAAUUAGAGGAGGAACUGCUCGCUGCUCGCAAUGUAUCAGUCAUCGAUCAUGAAGGAAAAGGCGAUGAACUUUCAUCAAACAAUCAUGACAGCUCUUUGGCGACGCAAGUUGAACAGUUGAAAUCUGAUCUUGAAGCAGCUGAGAUAAAGCGUCAAGAGGAACAGAUUCAGAGCACAAUGCAGAUCCAGUCUGCUCAUGAAAUGGCGGCUCGGCUGAAGAAUGAAUUGGAACAAAGAGAAGCUGUUCUGGAAUCAGAGUUGAAGAAUGCCAAGGCUGAGAUUUUCAAUCUGAAGACAAGCCUCAUUGACAAAGAGACUGAGCUUCAAAACAUACUUGAUGUGAAUAAAGAGUUGGAGGCUGAAAAACGACAAUCACUAGCAAGUGAAGCAGAGACUGAGUUAGAGAACAAACUAAUGGAAAUGAAGGCAAACCUCAUGGACAAGGAGACUGAACUGCAAAGCAUUUCGGAGGAGAAUGAGAAGCUGAAACAAGAGAUGGGAAAUAAAGAAGUUGAGAGCCAGAAGAGUUACGAAGCGGUGAUCGCAGAGGUGGAACUUGCAAAGGCUGCAGAGAGAGAUGCACUGCUGAGGCUCGGGUACGUCACAGAGGAGGCGGACAAGAGUAGCCGGAGGGCUGCAAGGGUGACAGAGCAAUUGGAUGCAGCUCAGGCAGUGAACACAGAAAUGGAGACCGAGCUGAGGAAGCUAAGGGUGCAAUCGGACCAAUGGAGAAAGGCGGCCGAGGCUGCUGCGGCUGUGCUUACAACUGGAAACAAUGGAAGGCCAAUGGAAAGGACUGGUUCACUGGAUACUGAUUACAACUCGAUCGCCGGGAAGUUGAUGAGCUCACCAUUUUCCGAUGAUUUGAGUGAUGAUUCACCGAAGAAGAAGAACAAUACUAUGCUGAAGAAGAUUGGUGGGCUGUGGAAGAAGGGACCUAAGUAAUAAUAACAAUUGAAGUUCGACUUUUUUUUUUUCUUUCUUUGAUCAUCUGCAUGGCAUGCAUUUGUUAAGGACUUAGUUUGACAUUGUUCUGUUGUGGGGUUACAGAGAUUGGACUUGUAUUGUCCUUUUCUUGUAAAUCUUUGUCCUGGCACUUGGCAUUGUGUUACUUUAAACUUUAAAGACUUAAUUAAUUUGGAGAUUACCAAA